AUGGGAUUCGAUGGUACCACCGUUAGCCCUCAGAUCCGCUCACUCAUCGAAGACUAUCACCUCGGCUCUGUCCUCCUCUCCGCUAAGAAUUUGAAAUCUGCCGAGGAGGCCACCCGACUCGUUCUCGAAUUGCAGACCAUCGCUCGAGAUGCUGGUCAUCUGGUGCCUCUGCUCAUCGUGCUCGACCAAGAGAACGGCGGAGUGAAUAGUUUAUACGAUGAGAUAUACAUUCGCCAAUUCCCCAGUGCCAUGGGCAUCGCUGCGACGGGAUCCAAAUCGUUGGCGCAUGAGGUUGCAGUGGCUACUGCUCAAGAACUCAAGGCCGUCGGAGUCAAUUGGAUCCUUGGUCCCGUUCUAGAUGUCUUGACGAACGUACGGAAUCAACCCUUAGGCGUUCGCACCUCUGGUGAUGACCCGCAGGAAGUGUCACAGUAUGGGGUACAGUUCAUGAAGGGCUACCAAGAAGCAGGGCUUGCGACAUGCGGCAAACAUUUCCCUUCUUACGGAAACCUCGAGUUCCUGGGUUCGCAUACUGAUGUGCCCAUCAUCACCGAAUCUCUAGAACAACUGAGUCUCACUGCACUGGUUCCUUUUCGUAAUGCCAUCAUGCAGGGCCUGGAUGCCAUGAUGGUCGGUGGCGUGUCCAUGUCAUCAGCUGGCAUGAAUGUCAUGCAUGCCUGUCUUAGUGACCAGGUGGUGGACGAGCUCCUCAGGAAGGACUUGAAGUUUAACGGUGUCGUGGUAUCGGAGUGUUUGGAGAUGGAGGCUCUCACUCACAACAUUGGUGUUGGCGGUGGGACGGUCAUGGCCAAGAAUGCCGGUUGCGAUGUUAUCUUGCUGUGUCGGUCAUUCCCCGUACAGCAAGAGGCAAUCAACGGGCUCAAGUUGGGCGUGGAAAAUGGCAUCAUCGGUCGACCUCGAAUUGAGCAAUCUCUCCGUCGUGUCUUGAACUUGAAGGCUCGAUUCACGUCUUGGGAUCAGGCGCUGAACCCGCCGGGUCUGCCAUCACUCACACAAAUGCAACCAUCACAUACUAACCUCUCAACGCGCGCCUACAACAACUCCAUCACCGUGAUGCGAGAUAAGAACAAUCUCCUACCGCUUUCCAAUAUCAUCGAUGCAAGUGAGGAGCUCUUACUCUUGACCCCCUUGGUCAAGCCUCUGGCUGCUUCAGCAGUGUCUCUAUCCGCAAAUGAUACCAGCCACGGGCCUACCAUGGAUCAAACCGCGAUCGAACGAUCUGCUUCCGUCUUGAGUGGCGAGAGUGUCUUCAAAGAACUAGGGAGGUCUCUCUCGCGGCAAAGGAGCGGACGUGUCCUUCAUACGUCGUACACACAUAACGGCGUGCGGCCCAUUCACGAAGAUCUUAUCGAACGAGCCAGCGCAGUUAUUGUGGUCACGGCCGAUGCAAAUCGAAACUUAUACCAGCAGGCUUUCGCCAAACAUGUCUCAUUGGUAUGCCAGACCCAGUUUUCCGCCACGGGUGAGCGUUGUGAGAAACCCUUGAUUGUGGUUGCGGUCAGCUCGCCGUACGACUUUGCAAUGGAUUCUUCGAUCGGUACAUACGUGUGCACCUAUGACUUUACAGAGACCGCGUUGCAGGCCCUGGUCAAAGUUCUUUAUGGUGACUUGACACCCACGGGAAGUCUACCCGGCUCCAUCAGCCGCAGCCAGAAAAUUCAUCAGUCUCGACAGCACUGGCUGGUAGAGAAUUGGAACGAGGAGCGGGAUGCUAAUGGCCUAGAUGCGCUGCUCGACGCGGUCCGCGAGGACUGUACACAAGGGCAACGCUCUGAGCUCCUUGGUGCUACCUCCAGCAGCUUUCUCUUACGCAAGGAAGAUAUAGACGAGGCGCACUUUGUGGUCCGCAAUAGCAGUACACAUGCUCUCUACGGCUUCUGUGCAACCUACUUCUUUCGAUCGACCGGUACAGGUGUUAUUGGGUGUUUGAUCGUUGACCCAUCACGCCGCAAGCUGUCCAUCGGGCAUUCGCUUCAUAGUCGCGCUAUUCGCAACUUGCUCCAGCGUAAAGGUAUGAAGCGGUUCCAGCUCGGCUCUAGGCUUCCCGGAAUUUAUCUGGGGAUCCCUACUGCCAGCCAUGUCGAGCGCAAGCGACUGCGACAAUGGUUUGCCAACCUGGGCUGGAACACAUCGCUCUCUCGCCCCGUCUGCAGUGUAAUCCUGCGCAAUCUGGCUACCUGGACACCGCCCGAUGGCCUCACCGUGACGCUACAGAAUGCCGAUGUGGUCUACGACCUCGUCUACGGGUGGGACUAUGCUCGUGCCAUUCUUGAUCACAUCAAGACCAAUGCCCGCCAAGGUGUUGCCGACAUCUAUCGGAUUGCUCUGGGUGGCGCUCCCAACUGCGGCAUCAUCCGCGCCAAGCGCUCGGCCGACGAUAUGAUUCUCGGCAGUAUCGUCGUUUACAAUGAGCGAUCGGCGCUGGCAGAUCAUAUGCCUGCCCUGCGCGCCACACAGACUACUGUCGGUGGCAUCUCCUCGCCAGUCAUCUCGCCAGUUGCGGAUGACUACUCCACCGUGAUGCAGGGAUUGAUUCUGCUGGCGAUUAAGCAGAUUCGCAAGUUGAAUGCUAAUGCGGUGGUGAUGGACUGUGUGGAUGGCGACGGUAACUUUGACUGUCUCUCCUCGAUGGGGUUCAGUAUGCUGCACAACUUCGAGGAGGUCAACUGCGAUGCAGCCACCUGGACAAUGAUGCACCCGUCAUAG